GCGAAUGGCGGUGAGCGGAUCCUGGAUUUCCUUCCGAAAAUUUGUUGUCUUGUGUUUGGUGCUUACGAUACUUCUGCUAUCCACUAAUAUUUUUUUGAGCUUCGAUGAUGAUGAAACCUUCUUUGAUGAAGGUGGAGAGGUGAUCCAAUCAUGGAGUGUGGACGCUGUUGGAAUCAAGGAAACGGAAGAUAAAAUAUUCAAUUUUCUAGAGGUGGAUGAAAAUUGGAAUGAACGAUAUUCUGAAGAAGAAGUUUACUAUGAUAGCAUUGACCACACCUUGAAAAACCUGCGCAAGCCUGCAGCAUAUGCAGCCAAGUACAAAUUGCCCAUAAUUAUCUGGUGGACCUCUUUUACACAUGGAAAUGAUAUCAAGAGAUGUAAACUUGGGGAGUGCUAUUUCACAGAGGCACGCAAAUUUAAAACACAUCCAAGAACCCAGGCUUUUCUGUUCUAUGGUACAUAUUUCACUCCAACAGACCUUCCAUUACCAAGGCUUGGACACCAUGAAUGGGGCCUGUUCCAUGAAGAAUCCCCAAAAAACAACCCUCUUCUCCACCAUGAUACUACCAUUGAACUUUUUAACCACACUGCUACAUUUCGGAGAUCAUCAGAUUACCCAUUAAUCACUCAAAUGCUGUCAUCUAUACCUGAAUUAUUGAAGAAGCCAAGGUUUGACAUCCAUGAGAAGAGCACUUAUGAUCUUGCAUCAGUUGUGUAUGUCCAGAGCGGAUGUAAUCCACCCUCUGACAGAGAUGAAUUUGUGACAGAGCUAAUGAAAUUUAUAAAAAUAGACUCCUAUGGGGCCUGCUUGCACAAUAAAGAUCUUCCAGAAGCAUUUAAGAGUCCUUUAACCAUGGAUGAUGAUGGUUUCCAUGAUAUUAUUGCAAAGUAUAAGUUUACAUUGGCCUUUGAGAAUGCAAUUUGUGAAGACUACAUAACUGAAAAACUCUGGAGACCUCUUGUCUUAGGGUCUGUGCCAAUUUAUAAAGGAUCACCAAGCAUCCAGGACUGGAUGCCAAAUAAUCACACUAUUAUAAAUGUGGAUGAUUUCAAAAGUCCAAAGGAUCUGGCUAAUUUCAUUAAAAAGCUGGAUAAAAAUGAUAAAGAAUAUGCCAAGUACUUAGAAUUUAAAGAUCAAGGAAUUACUAAUGAGAGACUAUUAUCGUUCAUGAAAAACCGACCAUGGGGGACAUCCUAUGAGGAACAGAAUUAUGUUACAGGAUUUGAGUGUUUUGUUUGUGAUAGAAUUCAUGAAAAUUUAAAGCGCAAAGCAGCAGGUCAAGUGGAAAAUAAGUAUUUUGCCUCUCAAGAACAUUAUGGCUGUCCAAGACCAGAAAAGUACAAUUUUGCUCAUUCAUCUAACCAUGAUAGUGAUGGUCAGAGGGAUCUUUGGUGGCAGGAGUAUGAUCAAAGUGUGAGAGAUUCACAGGAACUGAACCACCAUGUUAAAUCUAACUGGUACUUUUAAACUUUUUAUAGCAUAAUCAUAGACAUCCCUAUCAAUCAGAAGAGUGUUUAGCACAAAAUUACUCUUUACUGCAGUGAAGGUAAUGGGCAAACCAAGGAGUUAAAAUGCUUCUUUGAAAUGUGAUUCACACAGCCAUUUUGCAUACCUCUCGGUUAACAUAGGAAAUGUUUGAGAGUCUGCCAAAGGUCAUGUUCUUGGACAACAAUAGAAAACAACUGUUACAGUUCCAGUUAAAAAA